GCGUGAAUAAGUAAUUCCUAGUAAAGAACAUUUGAGUCACACCGGGACAAGGGUAAACAAUCAAGCAUCAGCAAUGAAGACUAUUGGAAUUCCAUGGCCUGAACUCAACGAUGGUCUCACUUACAACGACGUCGUUUCCCCCUCUCAUUCAGGUCUCACUCUGAUUCAAUUCUACUCCUCCAAUCACACUAGCUCAGCUCCAUUGCAAGGUUGGGUGCAGCGCAUUCAUAAUGGACAGAUUACCAUUGAUGGUAGCACUGUUACCGAUCCAGUCACUAUACUUAGAGCUGAUUCAAAGUUGGUGUAUCAUCGGCUUCCAUGGAGAGAACCCGAUACGCCUUUCUUGCUUGAAGUGCUAUUCGAAGAUGAUGACAUGAUUGCUCUAAAUAAGCCAUCUGGUUUGCAAGUCCUACCUGGAGGACUCUUCCAGCAGCGAACUGUUCUGACACAACUAAAGUGGCAUACACAGAAGAAUGGCAAUUCGACACUGAGUCAAGUGCUUAAUCCUGUUCCUGUUCACCGUCUAGGAAGGGGCACAUCAGGUGUUUUGCUUUGUGCAAAGACGAAGAUUGCAAAGACUUGCCUUGCAGCAUAUUUUGCUGAUGGGACAUCAUUGGUGAGAGGAAAAAGAGACGUGAAUUCAAAGAUGGAGGUGGAACGAAGGAUUACCAAAAUAUAUCGGGCACUAGUCAGAGGGAUUAUAGACUCAAAUGAGGUUCUAAUCGACAAGCCAAUUGGAGUUAUGCGGUAUCCUGGAGUUGCUAAGGGUCUAUAUGUUGCUCUGCCCUCAGGUUAUUAUCUGUUAUUCUCUUCAACUCAACAUACUGUCUUUAUUAAUCUAGGUAAACCAGCACUGAGCAAAGUCGGGGUUCUUGAAAGAGAUGUAGAGAGAGACCAGACGCUGGUACAGGUUGAGAUACAGUCAGGAAGACCUCACCAGAUCCGAAUUCAUCUAUCCCUGAUAGGGUGUCCACUCUUGGGUGAUCCUCUUUAUGUUGCUGGUGGUCAGCCAGAGUGUUUUGAUCCAGAGCUCAUACAGGAGGACUUCGCGGAAGAUGGGGGUUAUCAACGGCCUGCAAAACCUGUUCCUGGAGACUGCGGGUAUCAUCUGCAUGCACAUGAAGUUACUCUGUCCCACCCUAGUACAAAUGAGGCGAUUAAGAUCAUUGCACCGUUGCCUUCUAUGCUCAAGACAGUGGAAGAAGCUAGAUGAGGAAACUGUUACCUAACAAUUGAUUGAACGGGUGUAGUAUACAGUCAAAUUUUGUAGUAGAUGCAAACAUCUUGUAUGCUUUUCUAAUUCUCUAGUCAAGAUACCAGUUAUGCAAUUACCACUGCGUUUGAUUGAUCAAUGAUGCAUAUUAUUGGCAUUCUACGUGGUCAUUAACUCAUUACCUUAUUCUGACAUUUUUUAUAAUAACUUGUUUGCAUUAUGAGUUAUUUGACAAAAUCUUAAAUCUUUUACGAGAUUGGUCUCUUGUGGCUGUAUUUGACAUUAAGCAAAUAGUUGAUUUGAGUGUAUUAGUUGUUUUAA